UGGUAGUACAGGUAAUAUGACGUCAUGUAUUUCUCGAGAGUCGAAAGGGGAAGGAAUUUGAGGAGAGAAUUCUCCUGGCAACAGUGGCGGCAAGCGGUAAGAUAGUUGGCAAAGAUGGAAACAUGGCGGGGGUACUCACUAAUUGUGGUGUAUCCCGAAAUGAUUGUCUAGUUUCUCUUUUGGUUAUAGGACCAGCAGAAUUAUGUCACAAAGUUUCUGAAGGAUUACAUGAAAGUGCAAAAGAAAGGAAGUGGCGUAUUGUUGUACAUCAGUGUGAACUUGUUGAUAAAAUCAUAGAAUCGAGCUUAAGUCUUGGUAUAGAUUUCAUUAUUUUUGUUUUUGACUGGAGAACUACUCAAUCUUUAUCCGAAGUAGAAAGAAAUAUAAGUCUCAUAGAUGAACAUUAUAUCAUUUCUGGAGCUGUAUGCCUUGUAAAUUGUAGAGGAAUUUCAAAUAUUAUGGGAUUGACUUCCCACAAAUCAGCAAAAAUACGAGAAAAAUACAAUAUUCGAUUUUUAUCUGCUAAUGUUUUUAAACCACAAAUUUGUGUUCAAUUAAGUAAUAGAAUACUAAAUUUAGUGGAAGCUAUAUUGGGCAUAACAAGUGGAAUUCCUACUAUUGGUCUGAUGAUAUAAAAUUUUGUAAAACUUGUUCUUAUAUUAUUAAUAUUAAAAUGAAGAAAACAAAUAGUAAAAAUCAAGCAUAUGCUUCUAGUCAAGAAGACAGUGAAAAUGAUAGUGAUGAAACUGAAUGCAGUAUUGGCAGCAAUUCGACUGCUGGUACCCAUCGCAGUGAUACACCUACCCGCAGCGCUCGUUAUAGAAGAAAAGGUCGGCGUAGAAGUAAAACAGCAAAA